AUGAAUUGCUAAAAAGAGUAAUUUUAAGAUUUGUAUGCGGUCUUGGCUUUAUCAAAAGAUGUUGAUGAAGUGAUCUUCCCUAUCCUAAUUAAAAUAUUAAAAAGAGAGAAAGUUUAACACUGCCUAGAAUUUCUAUCAUAAAAUCAAAAUCUAAUCCUUGUAGAAAUAGAAAGAUAAAAGGUAGAAGAUUUAUCUUUGCUUGAUAAAAAAUAGACUCUCAAUGCAGAGAUGAGCAUUUAGAGAAUAAAGAAUAUUCUCAAAAAAAUUAGGGAUCAUGAAUUUAAUAAACAGAAUUACUCGAUAGAUGAUUAUGAAGAAAUUAAAAAGGAUCUUAUCAUAUAAAUAUCAAUGGAUAAGAAAAUUAUAGAAUUUCUCAAAUUUUUAGUUCAUCUUACUGCCUUAGAUGAUAAAUAUAUAUUUUGUGGGUCGAAUUCUCUUCAUUUAUUAGUAUAAAUGAAGGCUGAUUUGAAGAAAUAAUGUUUUGAGAAUAUAAGAAUUAGAAAUACUUCCUUAAUAGGAGCUAAUUUGGUAAGUUGUAACCUAAGUGGAUCUGAAUUUGAUGAUGUCACCAUUAGUGGAAUAAAUUUGAAUUAAGCGAAAUUAUUUAAUUGCAAGUGGAAUAACUUAAGAAUAAAUGAAUUAAACCAGUUAAAUGGACAUAGUGGAUAUAUCAAGUAAGUUUCUUGUUCUCCAGAUUGUAAGUCUUUAGCUUCUUGUAGUGAUGAUAAUUUGAUUAGGUUGUGGAAUGCAAAAUCAGGAAAAAUAAAGUUUGUUUUAAAAGGAGAGAGAUAGGUAAAUUCAGUAUGUUUCUCUCUAAAUGAUACUGCUUUAGCUUCAUGUAGUGGUGCAAUUGUGUAUUUAUGGAAUCUGAGAACAGAAAAAAAAAUAUCAAAAUUAAUUGGUCAUACGAAUGAUAUAAGUACAGUAUGUUUCUCUCCUAAUGGGACUAAGUUAGUUUCAUGUAGUAAUGAUUAAUCUAUCCGUUUAUGGGAUAUUAAGACAGGAUAAUAAAAAGCCAAAUUAGAUGGUCAUUUGAGUAAUGUUAAUUCAAUCUGUUUCUCUCCGGAUGGUGCUACAUUAGCAUCUGGCAGUGAUGAUAAGUCUAUUCGUUUAUGGGAUAUCAAGACAGGAUAAUAAAUAGUCAAAUUAGAUUGUCAUUCAAAUGAUGUAAACGCAGUUUGUUUCUCUCCUGAUGGUGCUACAUUAGCAUCUGGUAGCUAUGAUAAAUGUAUCCGUUUAUGGGAUGUAAAGACAGGAUAAUAAAAAGCCAAGUUAUGUGGUCACACAAGCUUUAUUAAUUCACUCUGCUUCUCUCCUGAUGGUACUUUGUUGGCUUAUGGUAGUAGAGAUAACUCUAUCCGUUUAUGGGAUGUUAAGACAGGAUAAUAAAAAGCCAAAUUUGAAGGCCAUUCAAAUUGGGUUAGAUCAGUGUGUUUCUCUUCUGAUGGUUCUACAUUAAUAUCUGGUAGCGAUGAUAAGUCUAUCCGUUUAUGGGAUGCUAAGUUGGGACAAUAAAAAACCAAAUUAGAUGGUCAUUCAAAUGAAGUCAACACAGUUUGUUUCUCUCCCGAUGGUGCUAUAUUAGUAUCUAGUAGUGAUGAUAAGUCUAUUCGUUUAUGGGAUGUUAAGACAGGAUAAUAAAAAGCAAAAUUAGAUCGUCAUUCAAAUGAUGUCAGCACAGUCUGUUUCUCUCCUGACGGUACUACACUAGCAUCUGGAAGUUUAGAUAACUCUAUCCGUUUAUGGGAUGUUAAGGCAGGAUAAUAAAUAGCCAAAUUAGAUGGUCAUUCAAAUGAAGUCAAAACAGUCUGUUUCUCUCCUGAUGGUACUACGUUAGCAUCUGGAAGUUUAGAUAACUCAAUCCGUUUAUGGGAUGUUAAGACACGAUAAUAAAAAGCUAAAUUAGAUGGUCCUUCAAAUUCCUAUGGAAUUUCAUCAGUCUGUUUCUCUCCUGAUGGUACUACAUUAGCAUCUAGAAGUGAUGAUAAGUCUAUCCGUUUUUGGGAUGUUAAGACUGGGGAAGAAAAGGCAAAGUUAGAUCGAUAGUCAAUGGGAAUUUCAUCAAUCUGUUUUUCUCCUGAUGGUACUACAUUAGCAUCUGGUAGUUAUGAUAACUCUAUCCGUUUAUGGGAUGUUAAGACAGGAUAAUAAAAAGCCAAAUUUGAAGGCCAUUCAAAUGAUAUCAACGCUGUCUGCUUCUCCCCUGAUGGUACUACAUUAGCAUCUGGUAGUGGAGAUAGGUCUAUCCGUUUAUGGGAUAUUAAGACAGGUUAAUAAAAAGCCAGAUUAGUUGGUCAUUCAGGAUGUAUCAAUUCAAUAUGCUUCUCUCCUGAUGGUACUACAUUAGCAUCUGGUAGUAGGGAUUCAUCUAUCCGUUUAUGGGAAGUUUGGACAGGAACUAAAAUUUCUCCUUCUGAUAAAAGUUAAAAUGAACUUCUUUCCUAAUUUAACAAACCCCUUUUAUAUGAUUAAUUUUUAUAAGGUUUUCAUUAUUCUAUAUAUUUAUAGAAAACCCAAUUGUAACUACACUUCUUAUCGCUUCAUAUCCGCAGUUAUAAGCCUUAGGAGCUCUCAUUUUUCAAGGAAAAUUUACUAAUUAUUUUGGACUUGACUUACAAUAUUUAUUUAAAGAAAGAGGAGGUUGUUUUUUAUAAACCUAAAUCGAAGUACAAUGGUAGCAAAAUUGA